AUGGAUCUCCAACUCGAUAAGAAAAUACUUGUCGUGUUCUUGGUUGCUGUGAUUGCAGCCUUUUCCAUUCAAAUGAUGGUUCAUCAUUCCACAGACAAUCCCCACAUAUCACAUCAUGCCCAUGCCUCUGUCCCUACACAGGAACCACUCGCAACAACAGGUGAGGUACCAAAAGCUCAUUUCCAAGCAGCGAAUGAGCACAUGAAAGAAGGCGUGAAAGGAGUGGUCGAGAACGCGAAAGAUUAUCUCCACGAGAAGAGGAAGGAUUUGAAACAAGACUUGAACACACUCAAGGAAAAGGCAUCAUCGUGGACUGAGAAAGUGAGAGAAGCUGUGAGUGAAUUGAAGGAUGAAUUCGUCGAUAAGGCCACUCAACUCAAAGAGAAAGCAAUGGGAAAGGCUAAAAAGAUGAAAGCCAAAACGGGAGGAAAAGCUCGUCGUCUGAAGGAAAAGACCACCGAAUUGAAAGAUAAAGCGACCGACAAGAUGACCGAUUUGAAAGAGAGUGCCUCUGAUUUGAAAGAUACUACCAAAGAACAGUUGGAAUCUCUCAAAGAUACAGCCAAGGAGAAGAUGAGUGAUUGGAAAGAGAGUGCCUCCGACAAGAUGAAUACUCUCAAGGACAAGGCUUCGGAAAAAGUCUCUGAUUUGAAAGAUACCGUGAAGGAGAAAGUGAGUGAUCUUAAAGUGUCCACGACUGACAAGAUGAAGGAAUGGACUGAGAAGGCGAAAGAGAAGGCUGCAGAUGUGGCUGGUUCCACUGUGGAGGGAGUUAAGAAGGUCGCCUCUAAUGUGAAAGAAGGCAUUAAGGAAGGAUUCGAACAAGCACGAGACGAGAGUGAAUGGGUGAAUGAAGAGAAAGCAGCCUAUCCAGACACUCCUUUCCAGAGUAUGGAUCCUUUGAAGCGAGAGACUUAUCGUGAAGAUGUGGAGAUGGGUAAAGCUCCAAGUGGAAUGCAGAAUACGCAUACUACCACCACUUCGACUGGCAGCAUUCCUGACAUGACAACAACAACCACGACUUCCACAGCAUCUCCUGAGACUCUUAAAAAAGCAACGGAACCAUUGUAUGAAGAGGUUUUGAAGACGACUCGCGAGAAUAAGGGAUGGAUGGGAGAGAAGGCAGAGGAGAUUAAAGCAAGUUCCAAACCUCUUUAA